UGGAAUCAUUGUCACAGUGUUGGCGAUGUUAAAAACGAACUGUUGUUGCGAUGGAUUUUUGUAUGGAUGUAGACGACAUCGAAAGCGAAAGAUUAAUCAUGAAGAAGAUGAGACAGACGAAGAAUAUGAAAAUGAUGACAUUGAUUCCGAAGAUAAACCAGUAUACAAUAAUCGUAAAUCCUCAACAAUUAAUCUAAUAUCUGGUCAAACUACUGGAUUUGACAAUAAACCUAUAACGUCUCCAUCAGCAAUUUCAAGCAGUACGACAUCGAAAGGACAUAGGACCAUACAGAACUGGUAUAGUAACAAAAACGGUUUUCUGUCCAUAUUACCCUCGCGUUCAUCAAGACGUAUAUCCGUUGCUGAACCAAACGACGCUGGCUCAUAUUCUGCAUCUAAUUCUCCUCGAGGGUCAACUGUGUCUGUGUUGCAUAGUCCCAGAAGUGUUGCAUCUAUGUCGUCUGUUGAGCUCACUGAUGUCGAUGUGUAGUCACAUUUGCCAUACGAUGGGCGUGCGGCGACCGUAGCUUUACAAAAUCGAUAUAGAAAAUCUGCUUCGUGC